ACCGUGCCUUCCAACCCGUCCUGCUUCUUCAAUCUUCCUUCCAAAGCAAGCCACCGUCUCUUCCGGCUUCGAGAAGCAAAGCGCCCUCGCCCUCGCCCUCGCCCUCGCCCUUGCCUCUGCAAUGGAGACGCCAAUCCACAAGCUCAGCUACGACGAACUGCGCCUCAUCCACGAGCGCCUCCGGUGCCUCGUCGACCGGCGCCGCAUGGGCCAAGUCUGCCGCGCCUGGCGCGAAGCCGUCGCGGAGCAGCAGCACCCCCCGCGUCGCCCGCUCCCAUCGAUCCUCAUCCCGCGCGACGACGGGCCUGCGUUCUCGUGCCCCCUCCGCGGCUGCGCCACCCACGGCUUCGGCCUCCCGCUUCCGGAAGACGCACGCGCCGCGCACUACUUCGGCGCCUACGAUGGUGGCUGGGCCUUCGUCGCCUUCCGCCGGAACGAGGAUCACGCGCUCCUCAGCCUCCGCAACCGCAAGGACCGCAACAAGCAGCGGUUCUCGCUCCCCAAGUUGGUAAACUUGGCGAAGUCAGUCUACGAAAGUGAUAUCAUCGUGUUCGCCGCGACCCUCUCUUCGCCACCGGAGGACAAGAGUUGCGUCGCCGCCGGCAUCAGCUCCUACUGGUCGCUGAGUGUUGCACGCGUUCAUGCAUUCUGGCGCUUGGAGCAUCAGGUUGCGGUGCUAGGGACUCCCUUCGCCGGGCUUGCUCUGGAGGAUGUCAUACACCACAACGGAGGCUUCCAUUUCCUCAACACAGAAGAAAAUCUCCAUGUGUUCUCGGUACAGGAGUUCAGUGAAGACGGGAACGGCUGUCUGAAGAUACCGCCCAUGGUGAUUCGUCGCUUCUCGCAUGAUGGCCGCGAUUAUGACGGAUACUACGCUGUUCGGUACCUGGUGGAGUCCCGAGGGAAACUACUGAUGGUGGUCAGGCUCGUUCCUGAUCCUCCCCCGAAGCCGCCGGCGAAUUCGGUGUUCAGGGUGUUCGAGAUGGUGGAACCGCCGCCGGGGACUCCCACCAACAACGACGAGGCCCUGUACGCCUGGAACGAGCUGGAGUCUCUGGGUGGUCAGAUGCUGUUCGUCGGGCGAGGCUGCUCCAGAUCGUACGACGCGGCGGACUAUCCGGGCGCUGAGUUCAACGAGGGUCUCUACUUCCUGGACGACGAGAGACUCAGACUCCACCCUCGGAGAUCAAGGAUGUUGAAGCGCAGGUUCCCAAAAUACCCCUGCAGUGACAACGGCAAGUGGUUGCCAGCGGCGGAGGCGGAUUCCCGCGUGGACAAGUUCUUGCCGGAUCAAGGCCCGUCGAACUACUCGCCGCCGGCGUGGCUUCUCCCCUGAGAGUUCGCAAGUUACUCUCGCUGUUGAUUCCCUCUCCUCUCGCUGAGAGCCUGCGACGGCCGAUGGAUAGUGAAGUUUCAGUCAACAGCUGCAGUUGUUAAACAGUUAAGAGAUGGUUCUUGAUCGGAAGUUCUCAGCAUUCCUUCAGUGAGAUGAUAGGUGUCAAAUCUGAUAGCACUGAUCACUUGAUGUUCUUUUGUGAGGUUCUACAUCAUGAGAAAUUAAGAAGCAGAACUUUUCUGUUUACGAUCGUCUGAACAUUAUGUGCUCUUCUGCCGGUGCUACUACUAUACUAUUGAUGCUAAUGAAUCUAUUUUCUGUGUCA